CGGGAAGUAGAGUGAGGAUGAUGACAAGAAGGUGCACAGUUAUCUGCAAAUUUCAUUGACCAUCAGGGGAGAUGAACAACUUAAACGACCCCGACUGGAAUAUAAGGCCCGAUGAAGGGGCAGGUGGAGGGAACAGCAAAUGGAACUAUGCCCUUCUGGUGCCCAUGUUGGGGCUAGCAGCUUUCCGAUGGAUCUGGUCCAGGGAGUCAGAGAGCGAGAUCCAGGAGGCCAGGAGUAAAUACGACAAGAACAUGAAGGCCAUCCAGGCCGAGCUGGAGCUCAAGUACCGCCAGUCGCUCUUGGAGAGCCGUCGGGAGCUGGUGCAGUUGGAGCUGGAGCUGGAGAGGGAACGCAGGCGAGUGGAGGGCUUCAAACAGGCCCUGACCAACCAGAGCCAGCAGCUGAUAGAGGAGAGGAGAGGACUGAGGCGCGAGCAGCAGGCCCUGGACCUGGCGAAGGGUCGUCUGCAGGAGUCGGGGGCCAUGGGAGCGCUGCUGGACGACGCCCUGGAGAGGGAGCGACGGCGGGAGCAGGCGGCCAUGACGGCCCUGAACAAGGUGGAGGAGCGUCUGGUGGAGAGGCAGAGUGCCUACUGCAGCAUCCUGGUACCGCGGGAGAAGAGGCUGGACAUAGAGAAGGAGCUGCUGGUGACGUCGGCCCGGGAGCCCUCGCUGGCACGCCUGGGCAUGGAGGAGAGCCUCCGCGACAUCUUCAAGAACGACCACAGCUGCGCCGAGUACCUCAACACAGACAAGCGCAGGAACGGCAGCCUGAUGUGGGCGUACCUGCGCUACUGGCAGCUGCAGGUCAGGCUGGAAACGCACCAGAGGGCAGAGGCGUCGCUACAGCAUGGGAACAAAUGAGGAACGCACCAGAGGGGUACACAUGGGUUUUACAUUUUUGUUUUCCCCUGACUGCGCGAAACUAACUGCGCACAACUCAACCUCUGAUUGUUGUAAACCGCUGUCGAUCAAAAAAUUAGCUCACAUGGUUGGCUGCCAGUGUCUUGCCCCUCCUCACAAUAUUGUGUUUACAAACACGGUGAACCGGUGUAUACUAAGAAGCUGGUUCAGGAGUAAACUAUUUUCUUAAAGGGGCACAAUGUAGGAUUACGUAGUUAGCGAGGUGCCCGUGGCAUGCCUGUCUCAAAA